AUGGGUUGUGGUGGUGGUUUGGCUGGUUAUGGUAGUGCUGUGGUGGUUUGGAAUGGGGUGAAGGGCAUUUACGAAAGACUUAUUGGAGAGAAUAAAAGGAAGCAUCAACAAAAAAUUAGACUUGCCAAAGCCUUGUGCAAGAAUAUUGAAGCAUCUAUGUAUAACAGGAGAUGGAGAUCAAAUGGCUUGGAAAUGGAUACCUCAAUUCUAAAACGACCUCUCCUCUUAGCGGCAGGAUUAGGGGUUCACGAAGUAGUGGAAGAGAUUAUAAAAUCAUCUCCUGAUGCAGUCUUGUUUUUAAAUGAAAAGAAUCAUAAUGCAUUCCAUUUAGCGAUCAUUAAUCGUCAUGAAGGGGUAUUCAACAUCAUUUCCGAAAUGAGUUGCCACAAACAUUUGUUGUUGAUGUUUGACAAUGACUUUGGGAACAAUAUCUUGCACUUGGCUGGAAAACUGGCACCUCCAUAUCAACUCAGUCGCAUCCCUGGCGCAGCUUUGCAGAUGCAACGUGAGUUACAGUGGUUUAAGCAAGUAGAGAAAAUUGCAUUGCCUAAAUUUACAGAAGAUACAAAUUCAGAUGAAAAAACUCCAGCUAUGGUAUUUGCUGAGGAACAUCAGAGUCUUGUUAAAGAAGGUGAAAAAUGGAUGAAAGAUGCAGCCACCUCUUGCUCAGUAGCAACGGCUCUAAUUGCUACUGUAGUAUUUGCAGCAGCGAUUACCGUACCUGGUGGCAACAACAAUGCUGGCCAACCAAAUUUUUACAAAGAAAAGGCCUUCACUAUUUUUAGCAUUGCCGAUGCAAUCUCUUUAUUCUCGUCCAUAGCCGCCAUCUUCAUGUUCUUGUCCAUCCUCACUGCACGCUAUGCAGAAGCUGAUUUUCUUUAUGCUCUACCCAAAAGGUUAAUAUUGGGUCUGUUUAUGUUGUUCCUGUCUGUUACAGCAAUGAUGGUGACCUUUGGAUCCACUGUUUACCUGGUGUUUUGUGAAAAAAAGGAAAUCUGGGUAUCUGCUUUACUAAUUGGAUCAGCUGCCUUGCCGGUGUCCGUAUUUGCAUAUUCACAAUUUCCCCUCCUGGUGGACUUGAUCAUCUCCACAUAUGGCCCCAGCAUUUUUCGCAAGUAA